AUGGUCAAGUCAGAUGUCCGUCCACACGUGGCCGCGAUGCCCAACAUCACAGGUCUGACGCUGGAUGAUCAGAGGAUCUCCCCGUCUGAGGGCACCUCUCCCUCACUCUCCCCCAGAGAAGACUGCUCUUCAUCCGGCCCACAUGGAACCUCCGACGCUCACCCUGAGGGACGAACGGCUGCUACCAGAAAGAAAACGCCACCGGGGUUCCCCGAUCAGGUGUACUUACACGCCGCUUCCAUCUUUCAGCAGGCCUACGUGGAGAACCCAGCUUGUCGGACAGUGGUCCGGUACGGCCCGCGGACCGCCGGCUCCAUGGAUUUGCCCGCCGGGGAUCCUGCCGAGGCCAGAGACAAGCGGGCCGAACGACAGGCGCAUGAACUGGCCUUCAACAGUCUCAUGUACCAAGAGCUUCUGGAGGACAUCAUGACUGACAGCUGUUUCUACCCUUCACAACAAACACCAGAGGACCUAAUGGCACUUGUGGUAGUUAUGCUUUAUGACCUCAUGGACAGGAAGUUCCUUCUCAGGGAACCAAUCGCUGUAGAAGGGGAGGAGACUAUAGAGGAAGUAAGAGAAGUGGAAAGCAGCCUGUGUAGGUUUAGGACUAAGCUGGCAGCCUCUCUAGCUCGCAGCAGGAUAAAAAGGGGCAUACACAGCAUAGUCCACAUGCUGCCAGAGAGUGUGAGACAAAGACAAGAGAGAACACACACCCUCCAGGUGUACGGAUGGAUCAACACACUCAUGACCAGUUUGGAGGAGGUGUGUGUAGCACUGCAGGCAGAGGGAUUCUCAGAAGUGAAAUCACACACACACCUGGAGAAGAAUGAGUUCAGCAGGGACACACACUGUUCUGACCUGCUGGUAUUUCACACACACGCUAAACCCCAACUGUGUGAAACGACACCCGUGAAGGAGAACAAACUAAUUAUACAGGAUAAGUCUUUCAGUUUGGCAGCCUGCGCACUGCGCCCCCUGCUGGCCACAGACUGCGCCGUUCUGAUGGUGGGCUUCUUUUCUCCCCUGACGGUGGCUCGUGUAGCCGUCCAGGCAGCUGCCUGCGCCGCCCGUGUCUACAUCUGCGGGGUCCUCACUGGCCCCGCCCACAGAGAAGAGCUGCUCACAGUCCUGUCUGACAUUGGCUGCAAAAAUGUACAGUUGUUGACAGGAGACUUUGGGGACUUGAAUGAGUGGGAUUCUCGCGCGCAGAAGGUCCGUACCAUCCUGCUGUUCCCUCAGAAUUCUGCUACGGCGGUCUGUAACCCGGUGGAACAUGUUCUCAGUGAGAACGGAGACAGAGAAGUGUUGAAGGACUUGACGCGCGGUUUCAUCUCUGAUAGUAAACUGGCAUCACUGGUCACCAAGCAGAUGCAAGACCUCAGUCAUGCCCUUAGCUUUCCCAAAGCGUAUGCUGUGGUCUACUGCACAUGCUCAGUGAGAGCUGAAGAAAAUGAGGAGCUGGUUAAAAGAGCACUGGAGAACGCAGACAAAAGACCCAAACUAGUCCCAUUCAGGCUGGUUUCUCCAGGGUUGAAUGAGGCCAACGAGGGUUUCUUCAGACUGGAAGCGUCUGACCUCACUAACGGCUGUUUCCUGUGUGUACUUGCCCGAGAGCCGGACCCUGCCACAAAAGAGACGGCUCAAGAUAUUCUAGCCCGUGCGGUGGCUAAAGGUCUCCUGACAGGACUGGCCCCUCCGGAACCGAUCCAAACUCGAAAAAAAUCCCGUCGCAGAGGAGCUGCUAAGACCUCUAUCCCUGUCCACCUCUCAGAAUCGCCUGCUACUCCACCCAAAGCCCCCACAACUCCCCUCCCACCCCACUCCCCCUCCCCCACCCCUUCCCCUCCUUGUUCUCCAUCUGAACUCUCAGACAGUGCAAACUCGAUCCUGUCAUCCAAUCAGCAGCCUUCUCACCAGAGGAACAAACGAAAGAAACGGGUUCGCAGACACUCACGUAAAGCAAGACAACCAGCGUCAAACCCACGCGCGGCUCGACGGGCAAGGCCCAAACCCAGGGACCCUGUGAAGCUUCCACCAAACGGUGUCAUGUGGUGUAACUUUUUGGACUACAGUUUCUAUGACGACUCAGACUUGUCCUGUAUGCUGGAGUUGUCUCAUGCUGUCUAG